GACACAAAAUUGGUUGGGACACAAAAUUGGUUGGGACACAAAAUUGGUUGGGACACAAAAUUGGUUGGGACACAAAAUUGGUUAGGAUACGAAAUUGGUUGGUUAUGAAAUUGUUGGGACAUGAAAUUGGUUGGGACAUGAAAUUGGUUGGUCACGAAAUUAGUUGGGAUAUGAAAUUGGUUGGUUACGAAAUUGGUUGGGACACAAAAUUG